AUGGCAUCAGCUGAUGUGAAUAAUGAAGAAAAUGUGGUGAUUUGGUGGUUUAAUGCAAGCAAUGAUCCAUGGUCAAGUAAUGAGACCGACCAAAAAUGGAUCAAAUAUUCGGACAUUAAGAAUGAAAUAAUUGAAGAUGCUUACUCAAAAAGUCUGCCAUAUGCUACAAUAGAUGAAUACAUGAUUGAUUUGAGACGUUUUCUACAGAUCGAAAGCAGCGAUAAAACAAAACAACGACAAGUAAGACGAACUAUAGGUGGUAGAAGACAAGAAUGUCUUCGUGAAGAACGAUUUUGUUAUCCAGAAACUGCUCUCGUUCGCUCUGUGGCAUCGUACGGAUCCGGUGAUGAAUGGUGUCCAUUUAUUUUAAAUUGGCUCAAUUCCCCAUUGGGUAAACGUUAUUGCUUAAAUAUUCCGGAAUGUGUAGAAGCCGCAGCUCGUGGAAUAAUCAGAGAAGGAAAAUUAAUUGGACCACGAUCAGAAGCAGAAUGGAUCGCCAAUCAGUUAAUAACAGUAAAGAGGAGUUCUAGAAAAGCAAUUUCGAAACUUUGUGUUCAUCUCUUUACUCGAGAUAGCUUUCUUUACAAAUUAGUCAAUGAAACACUAAGAGAAAAUAAUAAUGAUAAAUUGGAGACUCUAGGACCGUAUUGCUAUUUACUUCGAGAUUACGGACGAACAUGUGAGGAAUAUUUAGGUACUGUUUAUAGAGGUGUUUUUUAUACGCCGGAAAUAAUUCAAACGUACCGAGAUUCUAUUGGCCAAUGGAAAACAUGGGCGGGAUUCACAUCCACAAGUAAAAGUAGAGAAUUAGCAGAAGUAUUUGGAAAUACACUGUUAGUUAUAGAUAUUCAAAAUAUAAAACUAAGUACAACAAGGGCUUACGAUAUAGAACACAUUUCUACUUUCCCAAUUGAACAAGAAGUUCUUCUACCAGCUGGGAUUGCAUUUAAAACCAUCAAAACUGAGAUUGAUCAAAAUCAAAAACACAUUAUUUAUCUACAACUGUAG